AUGAGUUUCACUUUAUGUUCAACAUCAACUUCAUUUAUUAAUAAAAAUGAACGUUUAAAACGAAAACGUCUAACAACAACAACAUUAAAUCGAUUCUCAUCAUUCAACGAAAAUAAAUCAUCAUCAAUUGAUAAUCGUCGUCGAUUAUUUCAAUCAACACCAAAUUUAAUUGAAUUACUUGAAGAAGACGAAGACGAUAUUGACGAUAAUCAAGGAUUAUGUCACGAAUGUAAUAUAUGUUCAAAAUUAUUUGCUAGUGAAUACGGUUUUAAUCAUCAUAUUAAUAUGUAUCAUCCAAAUCAAUCAGUAUUAUGUUCACAUUGUCAAAUAACAUUUCGUUCACAUCGUUCACUUAAAACUCAUCAACAACGACGUCAUUCAUCUAUACAAAAAAAACUUAAUUCAAAACAUUUACCAUUACCAAAUUAUAAUUAUUUAUCAUCAUAUCUUGUAUCAGCUUUUUCAUCAGAACAAUUUCCAUUAAUUGCAAAAAAUGCUUGUGAACAACAACGUUUACCAUUAGGUUAUUUAUCAUCAAAAAUAUAUCAAUGUCAUUUAUGUUUAAUAUCAUUUCCAUGUUCACGUACAUUAAAAUAUCAUUUAUUAAAUAAACAUGAACAAUAUGAAUAUAAAAAUUGUCAAAAAAUUCUCUCAGAUUUAAUUUUACAAGUUGAAUUUAAUUUACGAACAGUAAAUAAUAAUAAUAAUAGUGAUGAUGAUAUUGAAACAAUAAAAUUUAUUUUAUCUAAACAAGCAUCACAAUUUGGUCUUGUUGAUAAACAAUUAUCUAAAAAAUUACGUUCAAUUAAAAUUGAACAAAAUCGUUUUAUUUAUUCUAAAUGUCAACAUAUAAAUCGUACAUGUGCUAAUUUAUGUUUAGAAAAUGUUUCAUCAUAUAGUAAACUUAUAGAAAAUUAUUCAUUUACAAUUCCAAUAUUACCUAAAGGAAAUGCAUUUAGUCAAGGUUCAAUUGUAUCAAUAAUAUCAUCAACAAAUAAUAUUUAUUCAAAUGAUUUAUUAUCUACAAAUGAUUUAAAUUCAUCAAAUGAUUUAUUAAAUACACGUCAAAAACGUAAAAAUAUUAAACAUACAAAUAAUUCAAUAUCAUCAUCACCAGUAAAGAAAAAAAUACUUUCAAAUGUAACAAUAAUAAAUUCAAAAACAAAUCGAAUUAAUUCAAAUAAUAAAUUAAAUAUUAAACAACAAAUUGAACAAAUAACAAAAACAAAUGAAAUAAAAUCUUUUCCACUUGAACAAUCUUCAUUUACUUUAGCUAUUACACCGGUAUCAAGUUCACCGAGAAAAAUAUUACCAAAAGAUAAUUAUAUGCGUUCAUUAUCAUCAAUGUCAAGUAAUUCAUCAACAUCAACUCGUUCAUUAACAACAAAAUCAUCUUCAUCAUCAAUAAAUUUAACUCAACAACCAACAAUAUCUUCACAACGUACAUCAAAACGUAAUCUAUCGCCAUCAGUAACUAUUUCCUUAGAAAAACGUCAUCAAACACGUAAACAAAAACAAAUUAUUGCAUCAUCAUCAACAUCAUCUACUGCAAUUAUAAGAAUUGAUGAUGGU